GGCUGAGAGACACAAAACAAGCUGCUCUCCGCUGAGCUCCUCACUUGAUUUCCACUCACACUCUCCAACGCACAUUCACGCCUGCCCUCAGACACGCCGCGACACUUGCCUCGGCACCCGCUCAGCCCUGAGCCGGUGUGCGUAGGCGUCCAAUCAUCUCUACACCAAAACAUUGCACUCCAGCAACAAGAAAUCCACUUGGUCUCUCUCACCCCUCAGGACUGAAACAUGCUCCGUCUCUUGUGAGUGAUGCCUAAUUCUGUGUGAGGCUGCCGGCAGGAGCACGCGGGAGAACAAGGAGCGCUCCGACUCCCAACCCUGACCCCGUCCCAGAAAGCAGCAGAUGUGAGAGAAGAGGAGAGGCGGAGAGAAAGAAACACAAUCUCCCCUACCCCUCCUUCCUUCAUCUGGAAGAACAAUACCCAGCCUCCAGUUGGAGAGGGUCAGCUUUUGUCCCUCUCCUCACGCUCAGAGCAGACAGACGCGCUGACACAUUGACCUGCUGCUGUGAGAGGAGAGGACGCUGCAAAACAGUUGCUGCAUGUUUGAUUCAGUACUUGGACAGCUCCUGAGCGACAACCAGCCCGGCUGUGUGUGUGUGUGUGUUUGUGUGUGUGAUUCCAUGAGUGUGUAGACUCUGUCGUUUUUGAUUCGGAGACCAAAGAAGCACAGAUGGAGCCCCCGUGCUCGCUCCAGCUCGGCCCCUGUGGCCCCUCUCCAUCCCUGGGAUCGCAGAGCAGCACUGUCGGCUUCCAGCAUCUGGGAGAGAAGCAGCUCUUUGAGAAGUUUUGGAAGGGGACUUUCAAGGCUGUGGCCACCCCGAGACCGGAGAGCGUCAUUGUGGCCAGCAUCACCGCCCGCAGGAGGGUGAACAACUUAGAGACAACAGCCUGCCAGCCGCUCAAGACUGAUGAGAGGAAGUCUGCGGACACCAGGGUGGACACGGCGGACAGGAACGGCUGCAUCAAAGGAAAAGGACGCAAACACCACAGUCAUCGCAGGGCCAGGAGCCCCUCCUUCGAUGAGGAACUCUCCCCUCGGCCCAAGGGGAAGAAGAAGAAGAGAAAGUCCGAACGCAAGAGGAAAAGGAAAAGGUCUCCUUCCUACAGCCUGUCGCCUCUGAGGAAGAAGAAAAAGAAGAAGAAGAAAAGCUCCAAGAAAAGCAAGCGGCAUAGGUAUACCUCCAAAAAGUCAAAACACAGCUCUUCAAGUUUAAAACAUAAGAGGAAGGAUGAGCGCAAACACAAGAAAAGUUCACGGACUCACUCACGGCGGAGGCGGCACUAUCGGAGGUCAGACUCGGACAGUUCUUCUUACCAAUCUUCCACAGAGGACAGACACCAUCUGCAGAAAUCUGUGGUACAUCAGGCAUUAGGAGACCUGGCAGCUGUAGUAGAGGAAACCAACGGAGUGCUUGACCACACGGACAUGAAGUGGAGACCAGCAACCAAAUCAGUGUGUAAAACGGCUCCAAAAUAUCGCUCCAUCCUCUCAACCGCCACCAUUUUGUCGCCAAAACCUGGAAGCGAGCUUUUACGUGGAAAAGGGUCUCAGCAUUUAGCGAGCCAGACCGAAGGUCCGCACGAUUACGAUUCUGGGAAUGACACAUCUUCGCCGCCGUCGAGCAAAACUGGUGUUUCUCAGGCGAGUGUCACUGACAACAAGAGGAACCGCUGUAAACGUCUGGCCUCGCCAGAGAAGCUGAAGUUCACUGACAGAGACAAUGCCUCUGAUUCAGGAAACUCUGUGACCAGCUACGCUUCCCUGUGCAAACCUUACGGGGAGGACGGCCUGUCUGCAACCCUUUUCACUGGAAACGGCAAGAGAGAGCAGAUAACUUUGGGGUGUCGGGUAGAGGUCAUGAGAUCUCCAAAGACUUCCAGCUGCUCACAGAGGAUGAGAGAGACGUCUCGAAGACGACUGAAAACCCGGUCAUCCAGCAGCAGGAGCAGAUCCUCGAGGAGUUCUAGAUAUUCCGGUCGCUACUCUCGAAGCCUGUCACUGUCAUCUUGCAGCUCGUACUCACGCUCUCCAAGUUACUCAGCUGAUCUGAGGCGACGAGGCAGUGUGGCCAGCCUGAGCUCCAGAGGAAGCUACUCCAGACACAGCGCUGACAGACUACGAGACAGAAAGAGAACACACAGCUCCAGAGACACAGAUAUGAAGCACACACAUAAGGUCAGUGGGAAGAGACAAAGAAGGAAAUCCUACUCUCCUAUGAAGAAAAGAAGGAGAGACUCACCGAGCCAUCUGGAAGCACGCCGAAUCACAAGUGCCAGGAAGCGACCCAUCCCUUACUUCCGACCGAGCCCUUCCUCCAGCAGUCGGUCCACCAGCGUGUCGUCCUGGAGCAGCCUCUUCACCCGCAGCCGCAGCCGCAGCCCGAUCCACAGCAUCACCCGGAGCAGGAGCCGGAGCCGCAGCCACAGUUACUCCUCCUACAGGAGCUACAGCCGCAGUUCAUCCUGGAACUCAAUCUUUGGGACCCGCAGUCGCAGCCGGAGUCGAGGUUCGUUGAACAAACGCAACAAAACCAGGUAUUAGGUUUCUGAGAGCACAUUAAGGGACUGAAGCUCCGGUUGUGUUUCCAUUUGAGAGCGGGGACGGUGGAUGUUGGAGGAGCAAUCGAGUGUGUGCGUCUCCGUGCCCCUGCUUUGACGCUUGAGUGGAAAUGUCCCCGCAGGGGUCCAACCACAUCUUUCAUUGAGGCAGUCCUGUUCACUCUGCCCACAGAGACCACUGGAGACUGAAUGUCUUUUUGUUUGUUUGUUUUGUUCUUGUACUGCAUCCUCUUGCAUCAGCACUCACAAUGGCCUGAGACUGUUCAUCUCUCAGAUAUUUACAACAGGAACUGCACAUAAGACAGAAACAGUGUUCCUGCAUUUGAUCAAUGCACAUCGCUGUUCUUUAUUUUAUGUCCAUGCACUUCCCAUUUAAUUUUUCUUUUAAAUUAAGGCUUUAACAUUUUUAAUCUUAGUAUUUAUUUUAAAAUGGUGCAUAAUGAGGCCUGAACGUACCAAGAAGAGUUGAAAUGACUUUAUUCUGAUGUUAUUUUUGGGGGGCAAUGUACAGUAUGUGUUAGCUAAUGCAAGAGCAGAUGCACCAGGUGAACGUCGGGCAUUUACUGUCCCACAGGUCUGUAUGUUAUGGAUUUUCCCCCAAGAAGUGAAGCAUUGAGGUAACAUUUGAGCCGCUUGAUCUGAGUGUUUACAAAUGGCUUCAGAGGGAUCUUUGUCAGGGAUAAGGAAAAGGUUUAUUGCUCUGAUCUCAGCACUUCACAAGCCGGAGAGCAGGCGCGUUUCCUCUGAAAAAUGAAACGGCGAGGGUGGCCUGACGGCGAGCAAACUGCCUGUCAGCUCAAAUGUCAAAUUAAUUUAUCCUCUGAUCAAGUGGAAAACAAUUGAAAUGUCAGUCCGUGUAAUACAACAGAGAGCGAUCGAAACGUUGCGCAGGGGACAGGGAGGGGGGGAUUCAUUUGACAAAAUCUCCCUGUGUCAGAGGAGGUAUUUCCUUGACAACUCAUGGCGAAUAAAACAUAAUGAAUUUUAAGGGAAAAGGAUACUUAAAGGUGAAUAUACUUGUACUUUUUUAUCUACUUCAGUGCUUACAAUUUAUUUUGGGCUGGCUCUACUAAUAUAUGCAAGUUUCUGCAUUUUUAUUUGAUAGUUGUGAUUUGAAAAGAUGGCACAGAAAAAAAAACGAUAAUGUUUUUUUUUUUGUUUUUUUUUUUUUGCUACAACACUGGAACCAAUCAAAUCAGUGAUGUUUUUGUUCUUGAGUUAUAUCACGACAGAAGGUCAAGUUUGUAAUUGUGCAGCACUGCUCAUAUUUAUUACUUAUUUAAUAUUUAUUGGUUUGUUGUCCCUCUCAGUAGUGGUCAAUCUUUCUAUGCAACACUGUCAAUUUAUAGUUAUUCUGACACUGCUGUAAUUUAUUUUUGGUUUGUUGUAAAUUAUUCUUGGGUUUUGCCACCUCACUCACACAUAAACCUCAAAGUAGAAGCAAACAGUCAAAAGAUGGAGUAGCAGAUAAAAAGGUCUGACCUUUUGUUUUGGGUGCUUGACCUUAAAAGAAGCUAAAGUUUGAUAUUUUGGGAAAUAUAGUUGUUUUCUUUCUUGCAGAGAGUAAGAUGAAACGAUUGAUGCCACCUAAUUGCUACAGCUAGCAGCCGGCUAACUUAGCUUAGCAUAAAGACUGGAAAUAGAAAAGCAGCUGGCUUUCCUAUCAGGAGGUUCAUAAAAUCUGUCUACCAACACCUCUAAAGAUUACUCAUUAAAAUAUAUCUCAGGUGUUAAAUCCUUGCCAAAAGCUGUAGGGUAAGUUGGGUAUUUUUCAAGUGACUAAUGGAACAAGUAUUGAGCGAGAGCGCUGCAGCCUGCAGUGGCGAGACUGAAUUGAGCGCUGUCAAAGAUCAUCCACUAAAAGUGUUGUUGCUUUGCCACUGACAGGCGCAGAUUAUUUUUCUAAGUGUCUAACAACAUUAUGGAAAGGAUCCCUACUAAUAUAGACAUUUUUGUUAAAGAGUAAGAUCCUUUUUGUUUAACCAGAAAGAGCCCCGAACUUGCUGUUGCCAGUUACACCAGACUCCACUUAAAUAAACAGUAAUUUUAGCGACUGUAAAACCAGCAUAUUUACACAUCUAACUGCAUGAAUUAAGGAUUUAUUUCAACCAAAUCAGAGUUAGUGAUUGUUGGAACAGCCAUAAGAUGAACCAAAAUUGUGUUUGUGAGGUGUGUUUAGUUUCUGUCAGCUUUGAAUGAAGUGUGUUUUACAAUAAUAAAGUUGCUGUUUAUUUAAAUGGAGUUUGGUGAGUUUUGUUAUACC